UAAUGGUCUAUUGCUCAUCUGAUAUUUUUUGAACUGUUCUAUUUGUUCCAUAAGAUGACAAACAAAAUUCUACUUUAUUUUAUACACUUCCACCUACUUAUAACUUAACGGAAACGUAUACGAAAGUUGUACUUCUCAAAUCGCACACACAGUGCAUAAAUUACAUAAAUUACAGUCACACAAAUUACAUAUUACGGUUACAGAAUGCAUCGGUUAUAAUUACCUGCGUUUAUAGCAAUUUAUUUCCUAGUAAAUUGCUAUGGGCACAAAAAUCAAUUGAGACACGACAAAAAUGAAUCUUUUAUGUAUUUUAAUGUCACUUGCUUUGGCAAAUGUUUUCGCCACCGAAUUAGAUGACUAUGUUAAUCAGGUUUUAAUAACAAACGUUCAUAUGAAGCGUGCAAAAAAUAGCAUGCCAAAAAUAAUUAAAAAUAUUCUGGAAAAGUCUAUAGUAUAUAACAGAAUAGAGAAAAUGGCUUAUAUGUUGGCAACACCGGAAAGGGAUAACCCAAACCUAGAGAUUCGUGAAAAGAUAGAGUACCAGAAAAUGAUGCAAUCAGAAAUAAGUGCUGAAACAGGUAUCGAUGCACCUGAGAUAAAAGGAGAAAAUUUGGCCAAACUAUUAGAAGACAGAAGAAUUACUACUACAACAUCUUUAAGAAAUAAAAUUAUCCGUGCAUCAGAUAAUAUAAGAGCUGAAUUUCUAUCUGAAUUGGGAAGUGCAAGGAGAGUUAUGACUCUAGAAGCUAUAAAAUCAUUAAUACGUCAAAACGAUCCACUGUUCUUGAAUUUGUUCAGGAUGUGUAGUUUAAUAGGAUUGUUCAGAAGCAUUAAAUACCCUCGUUUAAAUUUAGUCACUGUUUACACUAUGAGAGAUGGACAUUGUUUCAUAUUAGAUAUAAACAUGAAUGCUAACGUGUAUACAUUCAUUAAUGGUGAAAUUUGGGAAGUAGAACCAAAUCCAAGAAAUCGAGCUCCAAUUCGGCCUUUUUUUCGCGAGUUACAAGACCAGGAAUUACAAUGAUAACAGCUUAUUUUAUAGUAAUGUUAUUGUUUUGUAAAAAUAAUUUCGUCAUACCGCACUAAUAACCAAAUUGUCAGUAAAUUUUAUUUAUUUCAUAAUAAACAGUUUAA